UACGAGGAGACGCACGUGCAUGGCGUCUACGAGGCGAUCGCGCCGCACUUCAGCGCGACGCGGCAUAAGCCCUGGCCCUUUGUGUCAUCCUUCCUCGCUUCGCGUCCCGCCGGAUCCGUGGGACUGGACGUGGGCUGCGGCAAUGGGAAGAACAUGGGCGUCAACCGUGACGUGGUCAUGCUCGGGUGCGACCGGAGCGCCGCCCUGGUCAGCCUGGCCAGGGAUAUGUGCACCAGCAGCACCAGUCCUGCGGCGGUGGCUCUUCCUGGUGCUGAUGCCGCCGUUGCGGACAGCCUGGACCUACCGUUUCGGGACGGCAGGGCAGACUUUGUCAUCUGCAUUGCGGUCAUCCAUCACUUGUCAACCAGGGAGAGGCGGGUCGAUGCAAUCCGACAGCUCCUGCGAUGCGUACGACGGGAUGGGAAGACGAACAUCGGUGGCGGUCAGGUUCUGGUCUACGUCUGGGCUCUGGAGCAGGGCACCAGCCGGCGCGGGUGGGAUGAAGGCGGCGAGCAGGACCUGCUCGUGCCGUGGGUGAUGAAGGCGCCACAGCAGAAGAAGAAAAAGGAAGAAAAAACGUUUCACAGGUUCUACCACUUGUACAAGAAGGGUGAAUUGGAAGAGGACGUCCUCGCCGCGGGAGGAGAGGUCCUUCGCAGCGGCUACGAGCGGGACAAUUGGUGGGUUAUU